CGGCAUCAUCUGCAUUGGCUGUCUUGUGUCAUAGGUAGACAUGUUAUGCAUUYGAGAGGUUUUUGCUGGUUGGUUAGCAGCGUAAAAUGUAGAUUCUGUGGCUGUGAUGGUGAUGAUGGCGAUGAUCAAAUUCACUGUCAUAGAAGGAUUUKUUUUCGUCRGCUCCUAAGUGAGCAUUCACACUUACAAGUCAGCCAAAGCCUUUUGCAAUGACCAAUGCGAGCCAAAACGCAUUACAGGAUUUUGUAUUGAGCCUCAAUAAAGUGAAAGGGCAGGUCAUUUUCUUAGAAAACAUAAUAUCUCUCCAGUGGUUUAGUCCUCUAAUCACUCAAACUAAUUUCCCUUUGUUUAAGUUUGUUUGGCGUUUCCCGUGCCUCGUAGACCACAUGACAGUGAUGACACAAUGUCAACGCACAGGUAAGUGUACAGCAAGGGUAUAAGUUGAAACAACAGAGUCAAACUGUGUAACACAGUAUCUGUCAUAUACUGCAUGUACUUCCUCUGUAAAUUCUAUUUGCACACACCGUACUUCCUUAGAAUGCAUAUAACCGCUCUGACAUCCUCUGCACUUCUUUGAGUGCCUUCGUUAGGACCCAAGUUCUGUUCUAAUAAUAUUGAAAACAUUUUACCCUGAACCUUGACUUCCCAGGUUGAUAGCAUAUCCAACCAGCAUUCAGUGGUGACAGGCUCAUGUGGGAUGAAGUCCAGGUUGUUUUACAUCAUGGUUCUGCUCACAGGAGGUCUCUCUAUGAACGAAGGAAACAAAUAUUCGUGCUCCAACUACACUCAAGUUCUAUCUUACGUUCCGUCUGUAGUCGAUGUGGAUGGUGCAAGAUGCUGGAUGGAAGUUGUCAAUGAGCAGUUUAAGACGGGGAACCUCAGCACUAUUUUUAAAUCUGUGGAGAAACUAGAAAUGUUUCUUGAAAAUACAGCUUUGAGUAAGACGACUUCAAUCGUUGUUGAGAGGCUUGUGGCUCAUAUAUUCAGGGCAGAGGGCAACUUUACUGGGCUUAAUAUAUCUGCCAGCCAAGAACGGGUAACAUCAGACAGUGACCAUGUGGCCAACACUACGGUCAAGGUCCACCUGCCCAAAGAGCUCUUGAAAACCAACGAGAACAAUACCAUUGUCUUCUGCAUGAUUACCUCACCAGAAAAAUAUGGGCAAUUGGGGAUUCUUGAUGGCCGAAUAGUAGGUCUGGCUGUAAGCAAGAAGAGAGUGUCAGGUCUGAGGGACAAGGUCAACUUCUCCGUGCCUCUACAGCGCCCCACAUUGGAAAGUCAGGCUGACAAACAACCAUCUUGUCAAUUCUUCAAUUUUUCAACCAAUAAGUUCUACCGGGGUGGCUGCACCACAGAGUGGAAGAGAGACGAGGGCCGUGUGGUGUGCUCAUGUGACCACCUCACAUACUUUGCUGUGCUGAUGGUGUCUCCCUCCAUCUCUGAAAGCGAUCAGAAGAUCCUAAGCUACAUCACUCUGAUUGGCUGCAGUCUGUCUCUGUUCUUCCUGGUGGUCACAAUCGUUCUGUACGCCACUCAAAGAGGUAAAGGCACAGACAUCUCCUUGAAGGUGCAUAUCAACCUGUCUGUGGCCCUGAUCCUCCUCAACCUGCACUUCCUGCCCAGCCAGCAGGUAGCAGCAUUAUCCUCCUCGGGGCCAUGUAUCUAUGUUGCUGUCCUUCUGCAUUACUCUCUACUGGCCACCUUCACAUGGACAGCAAUCGAAGGCUUCCACCUUUACCUGUUGCUGGUCCGUGUCUUCAACAUCUAUGUCAGGAGAUACCUGCUCAAACUGAGCCUGGUAGGAUGGGGAUUCCCUGCUGUCAUUGUCAUCGUGAUUGCGAUCAUUGACAAAGACACAUACAGCCGUGUGACUCUUCAUCCCUCUAAGACCAAUGGCACAGCUGUGGAGAUGUGUUACCUCUCUAAUGAUGUGAUGAAGCUGGUGACCACGGUGGGUCUGUUUGGCCUGGUGUUUGUGUUUAACCUCUGUAUGCUGGCUGUGACUAUGAGGCGCCUCAGGUCUCUGCGCACUGAGCAGACGUCAAGGGAGAAGGGUAGGGCCCGGAGGGACACCUGCACUGUGCUGGGCAUCACCUGUCUGCUGGGCAUCACCUGGGGCAUCAUCUUCUUCUCCUUCGGCCAGCUUACCACGCCUGGCCUCUACCUUUUCUGUGUCCUCAACUCUCUACAAGGUUUUUUCAUCUUCCUCUGGUUUUGUGUGUUCAAAUGGAAGACUGAGGACAGCCAACCUGGCAGUGACACUCACAUUACCAAUACCAGAUCUACCUGAGGACAAAAGUCUGUUGUCAACCAAUCCAGCACUGUUGUUGUCAAUGUUCAUUUCAAACUUUAUUGAGAUUUUUUCUUUUGAGAAUACACCAAGUUCCUCUAAACACUAGACCUUCGAAAAUGUCUACAAACCACCCACUUGUUUUUCACCAAUACAAUAGCAUGUCAUAUUGUUAUUUUUUAUUUUUGCGAUUGUUUAGUGAUGGAAUGAAGYAAGGUGUUUUCAGAACUCUUUUCAUAUGUGGUUUGUUCAAUUAUAAAUCAUGUGAGCCAACAGGAUCUGAUGUAAUGUGGUGAGAUCCUAUCCCUCACUAGUUGAUUAACCUGCAACAGAAGAUAAAUAAGUUUAACCUAA